CUGGAUGCUGACAAGUACAAGAAUGAUCCAGCACUAGAAAAGAUCCGGAGAGAGAGAAACUACUCGUGGAUGGACAUCAUCACUAUAUGCAAAGACAAACUUCCAAAUUAUGAAGAAAAGAUCAAGAUGUUCUACGAGGAGCACUUGCACCUGGACGAGGAGAUCCGCUACAUUUUGGAGGGCAGUGGGUACUUUGAUGUCAGGGACAAGGAGGACAAGUGGAUCCGGAUUUCCAUGGAGAAAGGAGACCUGAUCACGCUCCCUGCCGGCAUCUAUCACCGCUUCACGCUGGAUGAAAAGAGCUAUGUGAAGGCCAUGCGGUUGUUUGUGGGAGAACCAGUGUGGACGGCAUACAACCGGCCGGCUGACCAUUUUGACGUCCGGGAACAGUAUGUGAGGUUUCUGGCCCAGACAGUGUAGCGCAAUGAUAGGCACCUCGUGCGGUCUCUAUCAGGAUAGCUGAUCAGAAAGUCACUCGUUUCUCUCUGCUUUUAUCUUGUACACUUGAGGCUGGGUUGUCUCCUUGGCAGGAAUAUCUGAUGAGAAUAUUUUAAUGAAAGGAAAGAUAAAACUGAUUUUCACAUGAAAACAUCUGACAAUGUGAAGAAGUCACCUUAAUUUUCUCUAAUUCAAUCACGAUUGGUGGUGUGGGAGCCCUGGACAUUCAUCUGUCACGAAGUGCAGGCUUUCCCCAGGGUGCAAGUCCUUCAGUGUCUGAUGAGAGGGUGCAGUUGGAGAUGCCACAGAUGGAAGAUGCUUUCUCCCAGAUGGCACGGGGGUGGGGAGGGCGCUCAGAUGGGGCACGCUCUGGGUUGCUAGUACUUCUUCCUUGUUCAGAAUAAAGUCACUGCCUUCAUUUAAUGCCCGUGGUGCUUACUUACCCGGUACUCAUGUCUGUGUGGCAUUGUGAGAUUCUGUGUGCAUGUAUUUGGCUAAUUCAUUUAUUAUCUGAGCGAGUUUUUCCCAGUGUAAUAUCUCUGUUCUUUCAUAAUCACGUCUCAAGAGGAGCAGUGAAUUAUUUUCUACUCAAGUAGUUCUGGAGCUGGGUUGUAGCUCAGGAGGAGAACACUUGUAGCAUGCAUGAGGCACUGGGUUUGAUCCCUGCCACCACAAGAAAAUAAUAAUUCUGAAAUACAGUUAUGCUUAGUUUGUCAUAAUUAUAGUAAAAAACCAAUCAACUUCAUGUCUUAGAAGGACAGUUGUUUUAUAAGUCUCUGUUAAAAACUGGAAUAGAAUUCUUACUGAUAAAAAGCCCAUCACCUUAGAUCCCCUCUACAUUGGCUUUGGGCUCAGAUGAGACUUGAGCAAAAGGUGGCUAAGUACAUCUUAGGAGCAGCCAUGUGAGGGAGCCAGAUGGAGCACGCGUUCCAGGCCUUCUUAUCAAGGCUACUGUGCGUCAGUUACUCCGUGCUGAUCUGCUGGUGUUUAUUUUUUAUUUUUGUCUUAUUUAUUUGUUAAUUUUUUGGUGGUACUGGGGUUUGAACUCAGGGCCUCAAGCUUGCUAGGCAGGCACCCAAGUACUUGAGCCACACCUCCAGCCCUGGUAUUUUUUUAUGGAUUCCUCUCUAAGUGAUCAUUACAAAUGGACUUGUUCUUUUGAAGGAUUAAACAUGUCUUCCUUGUGUUCCGGGUGUUCUCUCAGUGACUCUCAGGUUCUCAGACUGAGCGUGAUUCACCUCGAGAGAGGGAAGAUUGAGGCAGGUGACAGAAUUCUGCCACCUCCUAUGAGUGAAGUGACAGUGUGAGCUUUCCCCAGUGUUGCCCACUCACAUUUUUGGUUUUUAAGUUGGUUUUAUUGAGGUAUAAUUUACAUCCAAAGAGUGCACUUGUUUUAAUUGUUUUUCAGUUUGACAAACUGUACAACCCUGUAGACACCAUGAUCAGAACUAUACAGAACAUUCAUCAGCCCAGAAAGUUCCCUGUGCCCCUGC